UUCUCUGCUGCAGGAACCAGACAAGCGUUUUUAUAACAUGUCGGGAUUUCUAAGGCGCGGUUUGAGUAAAAAUGGAUUCGCUUUCCAGCUGUCCCUGAACCGGGUCAUAGACAAGUAUUCGGGACUGGACUGCAAAGAUGGGGACCUGGAGGUGGACUUGGACGAAAACUUUUCAUGUGAAAAACUUAUGAAAUAUGUGAAGAAGGCCAGAAAGAAGCUGGAAUCACAGAGCGUUUCAGAUUUGAGAGAGGAAUCAUUGACAGCACAAGAGAUGACAGGAGACUUGCUGGAUCUCACAUUUCGGGAUCCUGAAGCCGAUCUGAAUGUUAGUUCAGUCAGCAAGUUGUCUGUGGAUGAGAACGAGACGACUGGAGUUGAAGUGACACAACUGACAAUAAGCUCAGUGGAUGAGAGUCUGGAGCGAUUGUCCCAGGUAGAGUCUCAGCCCGAGGACCAAGACGAGGACCUGCAGAUGUCCCUGAGCAGUCACGGCAGCUCCCUGUCAGACCUCUACCCUGACAUGAUCGGCCGAAUCAAGACAGCCAUGCACAAGCAGCAUGUCUGCGACGCCGCCGGCGACGUGCUGAAGAGGUACCAUCGAUUCAGGAAGAAGCCCAAAAGAAACUACAUGAAUAACACGGUGGUUCUACCGAACACGGCAACAAGAGAGAGGAGUGACAAACAGCGACUGCAAGAGAACUGCAGCAGUCCUGUGAGAAGGCAGAUCAUGAGUACGGAGGCGAGCCCCAGGGCGCCGCUGCGUGGUGUGCAGCCGUCUCCCAGGAAAGAGAGCAGCGCCUCACGAAGAGCGCAGCACAGACCUAUCCUCGCCAUGAGUCUGGAUUGUCCGUUCCUGACCCUUGAUCCCCAAGAGAGCUCACUGAACAAGACUAUCACAGUCAUGAGACAGUCCCCUACCAGACAGUCCUGCAGUCCUCGCCGUUCCACACAGAGCGCAGCCAUGAGCCCGUCGCUUCACCGUAAAGCCUUUCCUUCUCCGGCACGCUCAGUCCAGAGUGCUGGACGAUCUGCAUACGCACCAGAAACAACUAUCUUGAGUGAGAGUUCUGAUAUCUGCAGCCCUCGAGUCAAACAGAACAGCUCAGAUGGAAGGAUGAUGGCCAACCUCAGCCGCUCGCCUCACACAUCCUGCAGAAGCCCCAGACAGGAUUCAGUGGACUUUCCCUGGAGAGCCGUCAGGAGGUCCAGCUCGCUCUCUCCCAGUCUGUCUUCCUUUUCACAGAGGCUUACUGUGCAACGAUCGAAGGCUUUCACUCAAACCUCCCAGCAGGCACUGGGGCCGUGGCCUCGCUCUCCUCAGCCAGUUCGCUCUCCUGCAGCCGGCCGUCUCCUCUUCGAUUCCUCUCUGCAGUGGCUCCCCGCCCCUCUCUCGCCGCAGCAGGUCGACGAGGAGUACAAGAAAAUCUUCCACAAGUUCAUGUGCCAGAAGAAGUGGGGCGGCGCCCCCGCCUCCCCCUGCUCUCUGUGUGCCGGGACCCCCCAGACCAGCAGAGGACACUCCUCCUCCGUCCUGUCUGCUCUGGCCCUGUCGCCCCACGGCUCCCUUCACAGGAAGCGCCUCAGGGAGUGGGACUCUGGCAGCCGCCGCGAGGCCAAGCACUUCAGGAGAGAGUGCUCCACGCACUCGGACCACAACAGGAAGAUGCUGCGGCGCCGCCUCUACCCGCCUGAGUCCGAGUCGCCUCGCUGCAGCCUCGCCUCCAGCUCCAGGAAGCGUGAAGAGUUUCAGAGGUUUGUCUCCACGCGGUCUCGCGUACAUCCAGAAGCAGUGAUGACUUUGUACUGGCCUCCACCUGCAGCUGAUGCUUCUGCUCUGGAAAGCGAUGAGGAUCAGGAAUAAUCCAGCUGACCCCAGUGAAGAAACUGCGUGUGUCAGGCGAGCUCCUGUGCAGAACAUGAAGGUUGGAGACAUGGUAACCAGGCAACAUCUCCAGC